GGAUGAGCCAGUGGACCAGGUUAGAGGUUGUUUCACCGACCUCCGACGGAAGGACCCGAAUGGUUUUCCCGCCGCACGUGCAGCGUCAGAUUAAUUCCCGCGCUCAGAUCAGUGAAACGAAUGAUGGCCAGAAAUAUGCUAAGAACAAAAGUCUACAUUUUGACAGAAAAGAUUAGGCGGAAAAACGACCGGGGCUCUUUCCUAAUCACCAUGGCCUAUGUAGACCUUGAGAAAUCCGUCAAACAAAUUACAUUACCACACCUGAAGCACUUUGAAAACAGCCUUCAAAAAGGAAAAUAUUAUUUGUGCUCUAAUGUAGCAGCCAUCGGCGACACUGUCCGCCUUACAGAAUCCUCAAAGGUUUUUGAAACAUCUCCAUUCGAAAUGAACCAAUCUGUCAUUGACACAUACCUCAACCCACCACAAGAAACAGUCGAGGAAAUUCUCCAAUCACCACAAAAAAGAAUGGUUUCAGUCAGAGGUAUUUUACGAAAAUCAUCACAGAUCAUAGAAUCGCCCAAUAGUAAGAGGAAGGAGAUAACAAUAGAGUCGAUGGAAGGUACUUCCCGAGUAGUUUGUAAAUUGUGGGGAGACCAUGCCGACAAGUGUCUGCCGCAGAAUGAUGAAGUCGUGACUGUCUGCAACGUAGAAGUUGCAACAUUUAAAGAUAUAAUUUCACUAAAUUCAACCCUGCUUACUUCCAUAAAGGAAUCCGAAGAGAACACCAUAGUCGAAGGAAAAGUCGAAGGGGUAGAUUUUAGAGAGGACUUCAGCUAUCUCAUCAUUGACACAAAAACUUAUAAAGUAAAAACAACGGAACUGGAAAGAAUAUUUCCCAGAGGGUUCGAACAAGACAUACAUAUCAAAGGAAGCGCUCAUGGAUUUACCAUUGUUGAACUAGAGAAGAUCAACCCAGCAAAGAAACCUAAGAGAGAUUAAACUUUUCAAGAAAAGUACUUCUUUUGAACAAUUUGAACAACGCCCAUUUCAUUUCAGCUAUAAUUCAAAGCUCAAAUAAGCUUUUCUAAUCAUAAUUUGGUCGUCUGUCUAGCUGUCCGUCUGUCUGUAAACAUUUCAUAUUUUUAACUUCUUUUCAAGAACCACUGGACCAAUUUCAAUAAAACUAAACACAAAGCAUCCUUGACCACAGAAGACUCAACUACUAUCUUCAUAUGAAAGGCCAUGUAUGACCUCUUAUAAAGGGAAAUAAUGAAGACAUAAUUAAAAUUUUGUGGCAUGUUUGUAAAUCUCCUCAUCAAGAACCACAGAGUUGGGAAAAUAUAAAACUAAUCUGGAAACAUCUUCAAGUAUUGCACAUUACAAAAUUUGAUUUUUAAAUUAUGACCCCCAGAUAUAGCCUGAGGCCACCAGAUAUGAUCAAAGUUUAACAUACGAAUAUAUAAGAAAAAACUUUAAAAAAUCUUCUUAAAGACA